CCAGUUGACUAGGCAGAACGCUAUCCGGGAGUCCUGACCGCAGUGCUGAAGCAUGGCUUGUUUGUUCUCUUGGAUGUGCAUCAUUAUCUGUGUAGACAAGGCGCUGGGGAUCCAGACUGAUGAAGGGAAACUGUACUCUGAAAACAUCACCCGAAUUCUGGAUAAGUUGUUGGAUGGAUAUGACAACAGGCUCCGACCUGGAUUUGGAGGUGCUGUUACAGAAGUCAAAACGGAUAUCUAUGUGACCAGCUUCGGUCCCGUGUCGGACGUGGAGAUGGAAUACACAAUGGAUGUUUUCUUUCGGCAGACUUGGACUGAUGAGAGGUUGAAGUUUAGUGGGCCAACUGAAAUUCUUAGAUUGAACAAUUUAAUGGUCAGUAAGAUCUGGACGCCAGACACCUUUUUUAGAAAUGGAAAAAAGUCAAUUGCUCAUAAUAUGACAACUCCUAACAAACUAUUCAGAAUUAUGCAGAAUGGAACUAUUCUCUAUACGAUGAGACUGACCAUUAAUGCUGAUUGUCCCAUGCGGCUGGUAAACUUCCCUAUGGAUGGGCAUGCUUGUCCAUUGAAGUUUGGGAGCUAUGCCUAUCCAAAAAGUGAAAUCAUUUACACAUGGAAAAAGGGACCUCUGUAUUCAGUAGAAGUACCACAAGAGUCUUCCAGUCUCCUCCAGUAUGAUCUUAUAGGACAAACAGUGUCUAGUGAAACAAUUAAAUCUAACACAGGUGAAUACGUAAUAAUGACAGUUUAUUUCCACUUGCAAAGGAAGAUGGGCUACUUCAUGAUACAGAUUUAUACUCCCUGCAUUAUGACAGUCAUUCUUUCUCAGGUGUCUUUCUGGAUUAAUAAGGAGUCUGUUCCAGCUAGAACAGUUUUUGGGAUUACUACAGUUCUAACAAUGACCACUUUAAGCAUCAGUGCGCGCCACUCUUUGCCCAAGGUGUCUUAUGCUACUGCCAUGGAUUGGUUCAUAGCUGUGUGCUUUGCCUUUGUCUUCUCUGCACUUAUCGAGUUCGCAGCUGUCAACUACUUUACCAAUCUUCAGACUCAGAGAGCAAUGAGGAAGGCAGCCCGGGCAGCAGCACUAGCAGCAGCACUAUCAGCAGCAACUGUACCAGCAGAGGACGAGAUUGUCUCGCAUUCUGAUUCCAAUUGUAACCUGAAGAAGCGAAUGAACUCCACAAUGUCUCAGACAGACCAGUCCCCUGAAGCCAGAAUAAUGUCCAAUAGUGCAUCUCAAGGUCAACCAACGUCUAUUCCCCUGCCAGCCCCACCACUGCCACCACCACCACCAUUAAUCGGAGGCACUAGUAAAAUAGACCAGUAUUCCCGGAUCCUCUUUCCAGUGGCAUUUGCAGGAUUCAACCUGGUAUAUUGGGUUGUUUACCUUUCAAAAGACACUAUGGAAUUUUUUGAACCCACUGCAAUGCAUCUUCGGAAUAACUAUCAGCCCAACUGAUGUACGCAACACAGGUUUGACAAAUCACUGACUGUCUUGUGGAGCUCAGUGACUUCAAAGGAUGAAUGUCUAUCUCUGCCUGCCCCAAAUGUAAAAUAUAGUGUAUUUAUGUGGGAUACCAUCUGGAAAUUUAGACUCUUGACUGCUUGAAGACUCUGUGCACAGUUGUAAGGUGUUGAUUCAGAAUGCAAGCUCAAGUUCUUACUUUGUUAAAUGGUUUAGGACUGAGAAUUAUACUUGUUCUAAUUCUAUUAUGAAUGUUUGAAGGUAAAUCUUGAAUCAAAAUUGAGAGUCCUUGUAACAUCUCCCUGAAGUACUUUUAAAGGUACUAAUGAAAACCUGAUUCUGAGCUAGCGUGAGUAGGCUCAGAUCCAUUGCAGUCAACAGGGCUGUUGUCAAUUUACACCUAAUAUCUGUUGAGAUGUCCUGUCAAAGAGGGUCGAACCCUAUCAAUUUUUCAUGAUGAAUGCUGUACAUUUGUUUGUAUCCUUGUUUUUAUCAUCUUGUUUAAAUGUAAAAUUUAAAUGAAGAUUCAUAUACUAUUAUAAAAAAAAAUCCAAAAAAUAUAUGCCAAGGGGAAUGGAACAGGACAUGUAAAUCACUGUUUAUUAAUCUGAGCAGGUAAAUUAAGAUAUUGCACUUUAUCUUGCCUAUACGCAGAUAAAGUAUUAUCAGCAAGUUUGGUGUCACUUUCAUCACCAUUAGAUUUGAAGGUAUUUACAAUUUGAUUCACACUCUUGUAACAAAGAAAG